AUGCGGACCAGGUCGUUUGGGAUCGCAUAUUUCUUGAAGCAUCGCAAGAACGGUCGACCAAAACACUUGAUCCAUACUUCCAGCAUCGCUGGUCAGGCUCCUAGACUGUCGGGGUCAAAUCUACGUUGCGUUAAAGUACGCCAUCAGCGGUCUGGUCCGACCGUGGAGAAAACUCGACCAGGUUGGCAUUCACGUCACCGCAGUGGGGGUGUCAUCAAGACACCACUAUGGACCAGCCAUCCAGAGAAGCCAAAAAUGACAGAUGAUAGCACAGAUGUCAAAGUGACACCCGAGGAAGUCGCUGAGGUGAUGAUGGCGCUAGUGCGGCAAGACUCCGUAAGCAAGGUCAUUGAUAAUCGAUCAGGAAAAGGCCGACAGUCUCAGGUCACAGGAGGCACCAUCCUUGAAGUGUCAAAGACAGUCCGCGAGGUAAUGGUGUUCAAUGAUGCAGGUCCGGAUUGCCGGCCAGGCAACACGGCAUCGGAUCAGGCGGCCGUGGAAGAAGAAAGUCUCCGGCUCUCGGUGGAGGAGGGCCAGAGCGAAGCCAAGCUGUAG